AUGAUAGACUCCCUUUCCCUUUAUAUCCUCACAUUCAACUGCGCUCGAAACCCUAUCGAUGUCGACCGGUUUGCGCCCCAUUUCUUCGACGCUCUACCUCCGACCGACGACGCCAGCUCUCCCCCACCGCCCGACCUCAUCGUGCUCAGCCUUCAGGAGAUCGCUCCUAUCGCUUAUGCCUUCCUUGGCAAUACCUUUUUGGCCCCUUAUCUGAGUGCUUUUUCCCAGCUGGUGGAUGCUGCGGUAGCCCGGCGCUGGGCGUGUCAUUACGUCACGGUCGCGACGGAGAAUGUUGGCAUGACAGGCCUCCUGGUGUUUGCCCGGUCGGACGUGGCAGACGGCGUCGCAUCGAUCGAGACUGCCCGGGUCGGUCUGGGGGUCCAGCAAAUGGGCAACAAAGGCGCCGUUGGCGCACGGCUGGCCGUCACGAUGCCCAACGCACCCGACGACACCGCCGACCUCACCUUCGUCGCCGCUCAUCUGGCGCCCAUGGAGCAUGCGGUGGAACGCAGGAACAGGGAUUGGCGUAGUAUAGUGGAAAGACUGGUCUUUGGUCCCGAGUCUUGCCCGACGAGGGGCAAUCACGAGAGCGCAGACGACGAGUCGGAGAGGGAGACGUUGCUCCAUGGUCCUACGUCGAGUCGGCGCGCCGCUGAGCAUCGCGGGCUCUUUGCGCCUACAAGCUAUCUCUUUUUGGCAGGAGACUUGAAUUACCGCACGGCCAACAUCUCGCCGCGGCAGGAGGACCAGGGCCGAUUUCCGCGGAACGACGUGGAACCCACGAGCCCCCGGCACUACUCGCAUCUCCUGCAGCAGGAUCAGCUCACGCGGGAGAUGAAACAAUCCCGAUGUUUCCACGGCCUGUCAGAGGCACCCAUCACCUUUGCGCCCACGUACAAGUACACCCAUGCUGCGCGCCGGGCGGCGGCGCGGGUCGGAACGGAGGAGGACGACGACUCGCCGGACGGGCUGUGGACGAGUACGCGAUGGCCCAGCUGGUGCGACCGCAUCUUGUACUUGGAAACGCCGCCGGGCACGGGCAGGGAGGAAGCUCGGGUCCAAACAGGCGAGUAUCGGGCGUUACCGCUCUUUCCCACCUCUGACCAUCGCGCCGUCGCGCUCUCGGUGUCGGUACCCCUGACGUCGGUGCGACCGGGCGAUAACACCGCGCCGACCGCGCCGUUCCCGAUCGAUCCGGCUUGGGAGAGCAAACGCGAUGCGGCGCGCAGGAAGGAAUUGGCGGUCGGCGGUCUAGCGUAUCUGGCCUUGACCUGGGAGGGUAACGGGCUGCUGGUCGCGUCGGCCAUCGGCGUUUUUGGGGCCUGGCUCGUGCUUCGAUCGCUGUUUAAUGCCUGA